GAAGACUGUGUACAUCAUGGCUAUUAAUGUUUCCCUGGUGCGGGACACUAAAUGGCUGACGCUGGAAGUGUGUCGGGAAUUCCAGAGAGGCACUUGUUCGAGAUCUGACGCAGAAUGCAAGUUUGCUCACCCGUCACGGAGUUGCCACGUGGAAAAUGGACGCGUCAUUGCCUGCUUUGACUCCUUGAAGGGUCGGUGUACAAGAGAGAACUGUAAAUAUCUCCAUCCUCCCCCACACUUAAAAACCCAGCUAGAAAUCAACGGACGGAACAAUCUUAUACAGCAGAAGACAGCGGCCGCCAUGCUUGCGCAGCAGAUGCAGUUCAUGCUUCCCGGCACACAGCUACAACCAAUCACUACAUUUUCUGUGACCCCAUCUCUUGCAACAAGUCCUUCAAUGGCUUUUAGCCCGUACCUGAGCCAUGUUUCUCCAGGGAUGGGUUUGGUUCCUGCAGAGCUUCUACCAAAUACCCCUGUCCUGGUUUCUGGUAAUCCAGCUGUUACAGUACCCGGAGGCUCUGUGGCCCAGAAGCUUGUGCGCACUGACAAAUUGGAGGUUUGCAGAGAGUUCCAGCGUGGCAACUGUACCCGUGGAGAGAAUGAUUGUCGCUACGCACACCCCAUAGAUAUUGCCAUGAUCGACACGAACGAGAACACUGUAACAGUUUGUAUGGAUUACAUCAAAGGCCGGUGCUCUAGGGAGAAAUGCAAGUACUUUCACCCCCCGGCACACCUGCAAGCCAAAAUAAAGGCAGCCCAGCACCAGGUGAACCAAACAGCUGCAGCUGCCAUGGCGCUGCAACCCGGAGCACUUCAACCUUUACCAAAGAGGCCAGCACUUGAAAAAAGCAACGGAGCUACCACAAUGUUCAACCCAUCUGUUUUCCACUACCAACAGGCUCUAGCGAAUAUGCAGUUACAACAACCUACAUUUAUCCCCACAGUUCCCAUGAUGCACGGUGCUACGCCCACCACUGUGUCUGCAGCAACAACACCUGCCACCAGCGUGCCCUUCGCUGCAACAGCUACAGCCAAUCAGAUAUCCCAAUUUUCAAUAGAUGAACUGAAUAGCACCAUACACGUAUCACAGCUGUUACCAGUAGAACAUAGACCAUGUUGAAAUUUUGAACAGCAGAAUUGUGGAAUUUCAGAAUUUAUCCAUGGGAAGUUAUACAUGGCCUUUCUGUAAAUACCCUCUCCUGGCUUCCUCUUCCACCUCGACAGUAAGCCUGCUGCAACCUACAUGUUAACCAAAAAAAACUAAAUAAUGGGAAUGUCUGAAAACAGCACUAUGAAAAAAUAAAAAAAAAAGUUUAAAAACUACAGAAAAAAAAAAUACAAACAUAGCUCUUAAAAACAGUUAUACACGUAGGAUAUUAUAAUAGACUUUUGUAACACAUUUACUUUUAACACAUGUAAUCAUUCUGUGUGUACCAUUUAAACAGCGUUCACACAGUGAAUGCUUGGAUUACUGCAUAUUAUUGAUGGAUUCAUGGUUUAAAGUGUUAUCUUACUGUUUCUGUUUACAUCAUAGUUAAUUCAUUUUAAGUGUGUAUCAUUAUCAAUUAUUUGACACGAUCUUUUUUCAUUGUGAUUAUUACAUGCGUUGUUUGUUUAACAUUCUUUGUAUUCUGAAAAACAGAGACAAAGUGGUUUGGAAACAGGCCUGGAAUAUGC